CUGAUUCAACGAUACCUACGCCGGUUAAGGCAUGUCCGCGCUGCCUUCUCGGCGCUGCUCUACACUAGGGUAGCAACUGCUGCGGAAACUUGACUCGCGAUCUCCAAACCCUCAAAUUUAUCUCUCUUGCCGUAUCGCCAUCAUGGACCUCAGAAAUCCCGAAGCGCAUAAUGGCAGCGACAGCCCACAACCUGGCCCGUUUGGCUAUUCUUUCCUUUCGCCAAUGGACACUCCAUAUGAACCUGCGCCUGCACGACCGCCCGGGCCCGCUCUCCUUGACGACAACGAGUCCACAAUGCUGGACAACUUCUUCACAACGAUGAACUCCAACCAUUUCCCGAGCGACUUCUGGAUGGAAGGACAGACGAACCGUUUACUUGGGACUAGCGGGCUGGACUGGCCAGGCGAACUACCGCCCACCUUCGAGGGCUCCACGACGUCUCUUUCACAACCAGGUCUCCCUCAUGGCAGCAUGGACAAGUCUAGCAUGGAGAUGCUGGCUCCGGACAUGAAUACAAAUGCAGAAAUUUUCGCGGCUGCUUCCAUGCUUUACCACAACGGACUUACUGGGAAUGACUUCAAUUCCAGCUUCAAUCACCACAAUUUUGCUUCUCCCGACGCCGAUUUCAACAAUCCAAGAAUGAAUGGCCACGGCAAGGUCCAGGCGCCUAGCAGUCAUAGCCAGUCAAAGCAGCCGUCUCGUCGCCGCAUGCCCGUGGGUUUUCAUACGUCGGAGAUGUUGUUCGAUGUUCGAGAGCCCAUAUCACCCGAACAACAAGUGACGGCAAAGGUGCGCCCGCUUCAUUGGGGCUCAGAUGUCGGUUUCAUGGGCCAGGGCUAUUUGGCGCCUCCGGAACAGCCUAAUGAAGAGGAUCGGACCAAAGAACUGCUUGGUCAUCUAGUAUGCCUUGAACCGCAGAGCAGUGCCACGAACACGCGCGCGCCGAGUCCCGUAACAAUAAGACACACUGGAGGUUACGAUGCUCCAUGGGCAGAUGCCGCCGCAGCUGGUCAACUCAGCAAUCUACGGCGAGGCUUUCGGGACCAUGUGGAAGAUCUCGCUCAGCCAAAGAAGAAACAGAGAACUUUGGUCAAAGAGGAAGAUGACGAAACCUCGGAUGACGAUACCUCGAGACAAAAACCCAAGAAGUCCAAAUCCUCGACUCGGCGGCUAUCGCAAGAUACCCUCCAGAAACGAAGGCUCUCUUCGGGGCCAAAAGCUGCGCGCGAGAACCUAACCGAAGAACAGAAAAGAAGCAACCACAUUCUGUCGGAACAGAAGCGACGAAAUCUCAUUCGACAGGGCUUCGAUGACCUAUGCCUACUUGUCCCCGGGCUGAAAGGAGGCGGCUUUAGUAAGAGCGCGAUGCUGACUCAAGCCGCCGAUUGGUUAGAGGAGAUCCUGCGAGGCAAUGAAAUCCUCAAAGCACAGCUCGCAGAGAUGAAGUCAAUGAACGGUUUGGUCAUGCCUCGAUAGCCCUCAUCCAAGUUACGCGAUCACGAUUUACCAUUAUUAAUUCCCAGGUCUGGUUCAA